AAAUUAAAGGAGUCAUUUUAUUGCAUACCAAAAAUAUUUCAUUGAAAAAUGGAAUACGGUACCACUACUACUACUCAUACUCCUACUAUUACUACCUGUACUACUAGUACUAUUACCGCCACUGCUAUACGACAACAACGACAACAGCCAUUCCAUGGAUUGAAAGAUUGGACAAAUAAGAAUAUUUUUGCAUCAUCAAUUGAUGAUGAAACAUUAUUUAUUCAUAGUUAUCAAAAUCAGGAAUCAAUUGACAUGGAAAAUAGCAACAAUGUUCAAGAAAUGUCAGCAGUGGUUGAUGAGGGACAUAGUUCUGGACAACCUAUUACAGCAUUACAGGCUGCCUGGAAUGUUACUAAUGCAAUUCAAGGAAUGUUUAUCGUUGGUUUACCGAUUGCUGUCAAAGUUGGUGGAUGGUGGACAAUUGCAGCAAUUCUUGCUGUCGUAACAUGCAUAUACUUUAAAGUUUGCAUAUCAUCACUUGUUAUAUUUUUAUGCAUGCUUCUUUUUUUUUUCUUCGUUCAUUUAUAUUCAUUAAUAUUUGUAAAAUUUAUAGAUAAAUCUGCUUUAAUGAUGCUUGUGACAACAGCGCUUCUUGGUUGCGCAUUUCUAGACUCAAUUCGAGUAGUAAGCAAUUUGAGCCUAAUAAAUGCUAUUUCCCAUUUAAUCAUCAAUGCUAUCAUAUUCAUUUAUUGCUUAUUUCAGGUAAGUGUACCAUUUACAUUUGAUAUUCGUACUAUGCCAACGGUAAUUGGUGUGGUUGUUUUUGGUUAUACUUCACAUAUUUUUCUUCCAUCAUUAGAAGCAUCAAUGGAGGUUUGUAAAUUUAAUUUUUAA